ACUGGGGUUUGCCUUGAUUUCUGCUCCGGAUUUCACUAUACUUUGCUCUCUGUGCUUGGCAACCCAACACGCCGCGGACGAUCGCUGUAUAUGUGCAUAUGUGUUCUGGCGGACGACUCAGUUUUCGCUCUGGGUGGAGGGCUUGGGGAUGCAGACCUGCUGUUAACCUGCCACCACUAUUUGGGGAGCGUGUCAGAGACAAUACGCCGUAUUUGCGUCAUACUGCCAAAGAGCAAAGGGAACAAGCGGCCCUGACACCGGAGGAUAGCGUAUAAAACGAAUGCGGUGCUCCCGCCGCCAACGGCCGCGUAUUUUUUCUUUCGUCUUCAUCAUCAAUCUCCUCUCCAUCGACGACUUUCCCACCUGUAUUUGCUACUAGCAGCGAUGGCUAUUACUGACACGCUUCUCACCAUUCUGCGCUUUUGGCUCUACGCUACCGCAUCGGGCCUGGCAGCGCUGGAGCUCAUUCUCGACGGCGUUGCUCUGGGUGCGCUGAACAAGAAGUACACGUACGCCUUCAACGGCGUCAUAUACAGCGGCAGCGGCGGCUUCUCCGAGGAGAAGGGAGCUGCUGGCUGGACAAUGUUUGUGACCAUCAUCACCCUGUUCCUCAUCCCCACAGUGCUGUUUGCGCGCUUCCUGGUGUCGCGCGGUGUCGGCUUUGCGCACCACACCAACAAGACCGGCAUUGAGCUGGCCAUCACUGCCACGCUGACGGUGUUUUGGCUGGUUGCGGGCGCCGUCAUGGCCAACUAUGCGGGCAGUGGCGGCUGCUACGGCAGCAGCUUGUGCUCAAAGUUCCGCGCGGCGACGGCUUUUGCCUGGCUUAUUUUCUUCGACCUGGCUGCGGCCCUCGGGUUCCUGAUCAUCACAGCUGUGCGGCAGAAGAAGGCCGGUGCCAACCUGAUGGUUGUGUACACCGUGGACCACCAGGGUGAGGGCACCGGCUUGCCGUACCCGGUCACAUAUGCAAACCAGGCUGGCGACAAGGGCCCCGAGUACCAGACACAGGGCACCAUGCAGAUGCCGCAGCCCUGAGCGCGAAAAACAACCUGCGCUUGGCGAAACUAUCAACCAUUUUUGCUACUCGAAUGUAUUUGCUUUUGUUUAAUACCAGCCUGCCCUUUGUGGACGAAAAAGAAAAAAGAAUCGGCCGACCCAGGUGACUUUGGUUGUCACCGGAGCAUUUGCUAACAAUGACAUCACCAGAAGCUUCGGUGCAAGACUUGCCUUUUUGGCCGGAGGGCAGGUUGCCCGUGGUGUUCAUCCUCAGCGGCCAAAGGAGCGGCCCCUGC